AUGUCGACGCUCAACCUCACCGGUCACCCGGACCCUCAGCUGCGCUCCGAUCCACUCCUGCUCCAGGCUCUCGAGUCCUAUGUAGAGCCUAUCCAGAGCGCGCUGGCUCAGCAAGGCCUUGAUGUUGCUGCCAUCCCAUCCAAGUCGGGCUCGCUCUCCGCCUCCGACCUUGCAGAUUUGGUCUAUGACUUGCAAUACUUCCAGGAGGAAUCGCUCGGUGCUAAUGCGCCUCGUCCCGCCGACCCUUCUGCAUCUACUCCGCACGAGCGACACCCCGUCCGCAUCCCUGCGGAACUCUUCCUCCCCACAUCUUCCCACCAGAGCUCCUCGAUCGUUGCACCAGACUCCAGCCAUCUUCGCUUGCUUUUGCAAGAAGCGCUCGCCUUCCUCGCAUCCAAGGGCAAAAGCACCUGGGACUUUUCCGACCCUGCUCAGAAGUCCGACAAUGUUCAACUCAUUGCACACCUUCGUCAACAGCUGUCCAAGGCAGCAGCAUUCGAGCAGCCCACCAUCGCAGCUUCGCCAUCCAUCACCGAGGCAGAGGCGGCCACGCUCAAACAGAUGGCCCAGCAGCUCGAAUGCAAGUGGUCGGACGAUGUUGCGUCUGCUUCCCACGUUCUCUACCCGUCUGAAGUGACGCCUCCAUCCUCACCCAAGCUUGGUGAGCCUUCGUCCUCGAGCUCCGAAGAGUACUUCCGGACCAUCGCCUCGAGAUCAGGACGCGCCCUCAUUCACGUCUGGUACCGCCCCGAUUCCUACGACACCUGGUUGCCCGCGGCUGACUUUGCCGACCCCGACCCCGCACCUGAGAAGCGUCUCCCGUGGAAGAUCGGCGCCAAGUGGCUCCGCGACAGUGUUCGCUUCAACGAGCUCAUGAACGCAGAAGACUACGAACAGGAAGAUGCACUUGACACUGCCACCCAGGCCGCCGAAGCCGAAGAUGCUGCUGCUACUACCGGCGACGUUAAGAAGGGCAAGAAGCGUGGUCUCCCCGAAGAGAUCACCGACGCUUCCUCGCCUUCAGCCGCGGCUGCUGUAGAAUCCAACGGCAAGCGCAUCAAGCUCCUCGUGGCAGCGCGUCCCGUCGGUGCUGUCCCAAUCGACCUCUCGGGCUCGCAGCCCAUCCCAGGCAAGAAGUACGAGAACGAAGCCGUCCCCAGCGGUGUCCUUGGCAACCUGCCGCCUGAGUCGGCGGGUCCUACCAAGCUCGAGGGCGAACAGCCUGCCGUCAGGGCGGCCACCGAUGGCGAUGCUACCAUGACUGAUGGCACCACUGACAAGCCCUCGGCUGACGCUGCUGUCGAAGAGCCUACAGAAGCCACUGCCGAUGUCAAUGCACCCGUCGUACAGCCCGACGCUGCCGCCGUCGAGCAGCAGCGCAUUCGCGCAGAAGAGAUCGCCCGAAAGUAUCUCGCCUCGCAGACGCAGGAAGUGAUCAUCCCAUCCUACUCGACUUGGUUCGACAUGUCGACCAUCAACGCCAUUGAAAAGCGCUCGUUGCCCGAAUUCUUCAACCACAAGAACCGCAGCAAGACGCCCACCAUCUACAAGGACUACCGUGACUUUAUGAUCAACACCUACCGACUCAACCCUAGCGAGUACCUCACUUUCACGGCUUGCCGAAGAAACUUGGCCGGCGACGUUUGCGCCAUCAUGAGGGUGCACGCCUUCCUCGAGCAGUGGGGUCUCAUCAACUACCAGAUCGACCCCGAGACCCGUCCUGCUACGCUAGGACCUCCCUUCACUGGCCACUUCCGCGUGCUCGUCGACACGCCGCGUGGUCUGCAGCCGCUUCACCCGGGCACCCGUGUCAACCUGACCACCUCGGCAUCUGUAGGUGCUGACGGUGCUGCUUCCGGUGCUGCUGCCGCUGCAGGAACCGACAAGCCCGACAUGAACCUCGAGCUGCGCAAGACCAUCUUCCAGUCGACCAUGAAGGGCUCCAAACCCAUCGAUCUGGCCGAGGCCAACUCGCUGGCUGCGCAGGCCGACGCUGCAGUCGCUGGUGGUGCCGGCGGUGCGCCCCGCUACACGUGCGACACGUGCGGCACCGACUGCACGCGUGUGCGCUACCACAGCAUCAAGGCGAAAAAUUACUCGCUUUGCCCGUCGUGCUACCUCGAAGGGCGCUUCCCAAGCUCCAUGUACUCGGGCGAUUUUGUGCGCAUGGAGGACUCGGUGCUCAAGCAGACAGGCGGUGUCACUGGCGGCGCCUCCGGUGCGCAGGACGACUGGACCGACGCCGAGACGCUUCGUCUGCUCGAGGGUCUCGAGAUGUUUGACGACGACUGGUCGGCCGUCUCUAACCACGUUGGCACGCGGAGCCGCGAGCAGUGCAUCACCAAGUUCAUCCAGCUUCCUAUCGAGGACGGCUUCUUGGACGGCGCUUCGCAGUCGGAUCUCGGACCGCUGCAGUAUGCACGUCGCGACCAGGUCGACAAGCUCGGCAAGCCCAUUGUGCCUUUUGCGCAAGCUGAUAACCCGGUGAUGAGCGUCGUUGCGUUUUUGGCGAGCGCGGUCAACCCGGCUGUGGCGGCGGCAGCGGCUCAGUCUGCGCUCGGCGAGCUGACUGACAACCUUCGUAAGAGGGCUGCUCAGGAAAAGGCAGGUGGCGAUAAGGAAGCUGCCGAAGGUGACCAGAGCAAGGAGAACGGCGAUGCUGCUGCCACUCAUGCUAACGGCGACGCGAUGGACGUGGAUGGUGAACAGGCCAAGCCUAGCGCUGCUGCGGCUGCUGCCGACGCGACUGCCGCUACCGACGAUGCCAGCGGUGCAGCGGUUGCCCUCGUCGACACUGCCAAGAAGGGCGCUGUUCCGCGCAACGCCGUCGAACGCGCUGCAGCCAUCGCGCUCGGCGCCGCGGCUGCCAAAGCGCACGUGCUCGCCUCGUUCGAAGAACGCGAAUGCCAGCGUCUCGUCGGCCAAGUGAUCGAAGCACAGCUCAAGAAGCUCGAGCUCAAGAUGACACAAUUCGAAGAGCUCGAGUCGCUACUUGAGGCCGAGCGUCGCAGUGUCGAGGCGGGCAGGCGACAGCUGUAUGCCGAUCGGCUGGCGGUGCAGAAGCAGUUGGCGUUGGUGAACGAGCUGUUGGCAAAGGCGGCGCAGGCUCCGGAGAAGGUGAGCCCGCAAGAGGUCGUGCAGGCCAGCAGUGCUGCUAACGGGUUGCCGCAGCAAGGGCCGGUGGUGAGGGAGGCUAGCGUGGGUGGUGGAGCUGCGCCGGCUGGUGGGUCGUUUGCUCAGAUUGGUUGA